CACACUGCGAGAUAAUCAAUCAAUCAAGCUCCCUCAUCAGUGUGCUGGGAGUCAUUCGCUUCGUGACCCAGCGCUCCUUAAUUGAUAGAUUUAAUGCAACUUUAUUGGUUUGAAGCUGGCGUCGUUAUGGAUGAAGACCACGACUGUCCAAGCCUCCUGUGUGAGGAACUGGAGGAUUUUGAUAAUGGAGAUAAUCUCCAAAGAAGCAGGAGGGAAGGAGGAGUGGAUGAGGAGGAGUCCUUCAGUCAGACUGAAGAGGGAGGACAAGAGAGAGAGCAAGAAGAGGAUGGGGAGGAGGAGGAUAAAGGAACUAAAGUUAGUGAUACAUCAGCAAAGAAUGUAAUUGAGACAGAGGGAGAGGAAGAAGAGCGGGGGAAGCCAGAGAGUGGGCCGAAAGCGGAGGAGGCACAGGAGGUCCAGAUGGAAGACAAGACUGAGAACGAUGAGGAAACAAUCUCAGAUAAGCAAGAGGAAAAAGAAACAAAUGGUUUAGAAGAGAAAGAUGACCAGAAAAAGAGUAGGAAAAGAAGAGGUAAGAGGCCAAGUGAGCGAGCGAGAAGCAAGAGAGGUCUGAGAGAUGUCAGCGAGAGAGCGGAGGCUGAGAGGAAGGGACAGGAAGUGCCAGAGCUGAGCUCGCAGGAGGGAUCGUCUCUGCCAGAGCCCCCCGCUGGGCUGAUGAACAGCUGCGACCUGUCUGACCCUGUCUACCUGAGCUGUGGGGGGGCGGGGCUCUACUGCCCUCCUGUUCCCAUUCCCCUCCUGUACAAUGCCCAGCGCCAGGUCCCAAUCCAGCCCGCACCUCCUCAGCCCCACGGGACCAAAAGGCCUCACAGCCCCCCUCUACCUCACACUCUCCCCCUGCCAGCCCCACAGCCUCUGGAGAUGGAGAUUACUCAGGUCUACUCCACCCGCCGCUCCAUUCGCUACAGCACCAGGGGGAGAGGGAGGACACUGGGGUUCCCUCUGCUGCCGGGGUUAGAGCCUGUGGACAGCUGCCUGCUGCCACCUGCACCCAAGAAGAAGACACGGACACUCUACAGCACUGAUCAGUUAGAGCACUUAGAGGGCCUAUUCCAGGAGGACCACUACCCCGACGCAGAGAAGAGGAAAGUUAUCGCAGCUACAGUCGGUGUCACACCUCAGAGGAUCAUGGUCUGGUUUCAGAACCGCAGGGCUAAGUGGAGGAAGGCAGAGCGCUCCGUCACUGGAAAGGUGGAGAAUAGACAGAACAGGACUGGACUCAGCAGCAGUCCGCAACAAACCAAUCCUCCCCUGCCUGCCCAGGCACCCCCCACCAGUAAGGGAGCUGGGUCUUUGCCUUGUCAUGUUGUCCCGAAGCCUCCCCCUCCUCUCCGUCCUGCAGCACCUCCUCUCCCCACCCAGAGUCUGCCCUCCUAUAGCACCCUGCUGGCCUGCAUCACCAGCCCAAGUCAGUCCAGAGCAAGAGACGCUGGCCAAAACCAGCCAUCGUCUCAGGGGGGCCUAGCAGAGUACCAGCCUCCACCCAUGCACAGCCCGCCCCCGAUACGUCGAGCCAGCCUCUCCCUCUUCACGUCAAACUACAACCCUGCCAACCUGAACUCCAACCCCACUCCGCCUCUUCUCAACACCCCGGCCCACAUCCCGCCUCUCUUCCUGGACGCUUUGGAGGGCAGCUCCUCCUUGUCCCACCGUGACACCCAGUCUCUGCAGACUGACACCAGCUCUCUGUUUGAUUAUGGGGAGAAACUUGAGUACCUCACCUCUAGCCAGCAGAACAACAAUCUGCCAUACCAGCUCCAGACCUCCCACCCCCUCAGCCAGACGCAGCCUCAGACGCAGGCCUCUCUACCCCGCCUGGCCUACCUCACCCCAUCCCCCUACCUCACCCCAAACCAUCGAGAUUCCAACCCCACUUCUUACCUGACCUUUGGUCCUGGAGGAGGCUCUACCGGAGUGGUGACCUAUGCCGCAGGAGGUCACACCUACUACCAAUCCCAAAGUGCAGGACAAAUAUUGCUGCAGUCCGCUGGUCACCAUGGUGGGCUCACGGCUUACCAGUCCUACCCGUGGGGUAACAUGUACAGCCAGCCGGCCAUGUUUCAGCGUGCCCAGUGCCCUCCAGCCUACUCUGGCAGCUUGGGAGCUGCACGUGACCACCAGCCCCCCUCCACCGCCCCCAUGGCUGCCCCUCCAUACUUCUCCCAGGCCAGCCUCGGGCCCACACACACACACCUCGAGCGCUCCUCACACUCCCAAGCACACACCACCACCACCAGCAGCAACACCACAGUCCUCCCGCCUGUGUCCACCCUGCGGCCCUCCUUCCUCAGAGCGGAGAGCGCCGCACCUAAGGUGACACCCUUGCUGCCUUCGCAGGUCAGUCCUGCCUCUCCAGAAAGCCCUCCAGCGCCCCCGUGUGUGAAAAUUGAGUAUGACAGCCCAAGUGAGAUCCACAGCCAUUUCCACUGUGACUUCUCCCCAAUACACUUUUGACUGUGUGUGUGUGUGUGUCUAAGUGUGAGAUGAAUCCUCCAGACAAGUGUGACUUUGAAUAAUUAGUGUAAGUAUCGUUCAUAUCCCGUGUGCCUUUGUGAAUAUAUAUUUUCUGUGUUCUAUUUUCUAUGUUCUAUUGCGUUUGUGUGAUUAUUUGGAUUUUGCCUGUUCUCACUAAAAGAAUGCAAGCAGACCUAAGUUGGGCUACGUUUAGCUGGGCUGCAAUAAAUGCUUGCUGCACUGUAA